GAGCCGCGAGACGCAGCGCGCGCUGAAGGAACCAAAGAGGAAAGUUCACCACUUUUUUGGCUGAUGCUGGGCUCUCCUCAAACUGUUCUCAUGCCCCGACCGAUGCUCUGACGCUUCCGACCGAGACAGUGAAAUAUCCAUCAGCGAAACGCUUUGGCUCUGACAUGGGGCGCAGACUCCUGCUGGUGGCACUGGCGCUGUCCGCGGCGCUUUGCGCGGGUCAGGACGCAGACGAGGACAUCCCCGAGGGCGCGUCCACCCUGGCGUUCGUCUUUGAUGUCACCGGGUCCAUGUACGACGACCUGGUCCAGGUCAUCGAGGGAGCAUCCAAAAUUCUGGAAACAUCUCUGAGCAGACCCAAAAGACCUUUGUACAACUUCGCUUUGGUGCCCUUCCAUGACCCAGAAAUUGGGCCCGUCACCAUUACAACAGACCCCAAAAAGUUCCAGUAUGAGCUGAGAGAGUUGUACGUUCAGGGAGGUGGUGACUGUCCAGAGAUGAGCAUUGGUGCCAUCAAGAUCGCUCUGGAGAUCUCUUUGCCAGGAUCCUUCAUUUAUGUCUUCACCGACGCCCGCUCAAAGGACUUUAAGCUGACCCAUGAAGUUCUGCAGCUCAUUCAGCAGAAGCAGUCACAGGUGGUGUUUGUUUUGACGGGAGACUGUGACGACAGGACCCACAUUGGUUAUAAAGUGUAUGAGGAAAUUGCUUCAACAAGCUCUGGCCAAGUGUUCCAUCUGGACAAGAAACAAGUCAAUGAGGUUCUUAAAUGGGUAGAAGAAGCAGUCCAGUCCUCAAAGGUCCACCUGCUGUCCACUGAUCACUUCAGUCAAGUGAGCAACACUUGGCAGUUGCCCUUUGACCCAAGCCUGAAGGAAGUUACCGUGGCCCUCAGUGGUCCAGCACCUGACAUUGAGAUAAAAAAUCCUCAGGGGAAGGUUGUGGGGCCAAAAGACGGCCUGACUGAGCUGCUGCACAUCCCCAACUCGGCCAAAGUUGUCAACAUCAAGGAGCCACAGCCAGGAAUGUGGUCUGUCAAGACCUCUAGUGAAGGAAGGCACUCGGUCCGGAUCUCAGGCCUGAGUACCAUUGAUUUCAGAGCUGGAUUUUCACGAAAACCCACCCUGGAUUUCAAAAUGACAUCCAGUAGGCCGGUUCAAGAUAUUCCCACACACAUCCUCCUGAACACCACUGGACUUUCCCCUCCUGCUCGGCCUGAUCGGCUUGAGCUCCUGGCAGUCACAGGCGAAGUCAUCAAAACCUUGCCGAUCCGAUACUACCCGGAGCGCCUCCCCUACAACCUUUGGAACAUCACAGAGUUUAUUCCACCCAACCAGGCUUUCUUCCUGCGGGUGACGGGAUACGAUCGCAACGGCUUUCUCUUCCAGAGAGUCUCCAGCGUGUCUUUCUCCAGCAUCGUUCCAAAUGCACCCAGGGUGCUGAUGCCAGCCACAACACUCGGCUACUACCUCCAAAGAGGGAGUGUGGUGUGCCACGUUGAGAGCUUGAUACCCUUCACUUUGCGCUUUAGCAGGGAUGGAAGGCGGCUAGGGGAGGAUCAACUCUUCAGUGAAUCUGACAGUGCAUCAUGGGAAAUUGACCAGGUAACUCUAAAGGAUGAGGACUACUAUGAAUGCAUUGCCAUCAGCACAGCUGGAACAGGUCGAGCUCGGACUUUUCUGGAUGUGUCAGAACCCCCUCCUGCCAUCACAGUAGAGGGUAACGUGACUGCCUCCCCGGGGGCUCAGGUUCUCCUCACCUGCCACGUUGUCAGCACAGUCAGUUUCAACUUCACCUGGCUUCGAGCGGGUCGUGAAGCACGCUUGAACCCACGGAUGAACAUGCUGAGGAACCUUUCACUGCAAGUGUUCCCGGUAACUCCAGAGGAUUCGGGCUGGUACGACUGCAUCGCUACGAAUGAAGGAGGGGCGACUGCAGAGCGGAUGUUUCUGACGGUGCAAGAGGUCCCGAGGGUGUCAGUGGAACCGCAGAAUCAGACCUUCAUGGUGGGAGACGAUGUGAGGAUCCAGUGCUCAGCCAGUGGGUACCCUUCACCCCGGCUAGUCUGGACCCACAACGACAUGUUCAUUGUGGCAUCAAGCAGAUUCAGGAUGACAAGCGACGGCGCUCUGAUUAUAAAAAACUCCGAGAGGAAGGAUGAAGGAGUUUAUCGUUGCUUGGCCAGCAAUCAAGCUGGUACUGACACGAUGAGCUCCAUGCUUACUUAUGUUGAGCCUCCUGUGGUGACGGCAGUUUUGAGCGAGAUCCUUAUUACCAUCGGAGAAACCACAUCAAUGGCCUGUUCAGCAUCAGGGAUUCCUCUGCCUGAGAUCAGGUGGUUUAAAGGUGGUGUUCAACUUUAUUCCUCCUCCGCCUUGGAGGUGGAUCUACUUAGAGGUACACUAACCAUCAAGCAAACCCGACCAGGUGAUGCAGGGGAUUACACCUGUGUAGCUGUCAAUGCUGUGGGCUCCUCGUCAGGAACGAUUUCUCUAGAUGUAGGAGCUGCACCCAAGUUUGCUCAUGAGCCGUCAGAUGUGGCUUCAGACAUCAGCUCUAACGUGACUCUUCUGUGCCGAGCUGAAGGACACCCAGAGCCUCAGAUCACAUGGAAGAGAGCAGAUGGCUACUCUCUUUUCAACAGGCCCCGGAUACAUGGAAGUGUCUUACAAAAAAAGGGAGAUCUGCACAUCACAAAUCUUUGGGUCGAUGAUGAAGCAAAAUAUAUCUGUGAGGCACAAAACCAAUUUGGGAGGAUUCAAACCAUGGCCAGCAUCACUGUGACCGGACUUGUGUCACCUGUCAUUGCAAUGAGUCCAUCUGUGAUCAGUGUAAUCGAAGGCCAGCAGCUGACACUUCCCUGUGUGCUACUGGCUGGAAAUCCACUUCCAGAGAGGCAGUGGCUGCACAACUACGGCUUGGUGACCACAGACCAGCAUGUGACCUUGAGGAAGGAUGGAAGUUUAAAUAUUGAGAGAGUUGGAUUGGAUGAUGAGGGUGACUACAUCUGUUUGGCUGAAAAUGUCGUUGGAUCUGCCAACCAUACAACUUCAGUCAGCAUUCACGUGAUUCCUACAAUUCAACAUGGUCCUCAAGUGUUCAGUACAAUUGAAGGAAUACCCAUAUCUCUGCCUUGCCGGGCCAGUGGGGUACCACGUCCGGAUAUUGCAUGGACCAAGGGUAAAAAGCAGUUGAAUCUGGGCGGUCCAUCUUUCUCUUUGGAUCCUGAUGGAAGUCUUCUCAUCAAUUCUCCCUCUGGAAAUGAAACUGGGGAGUUUAUCUGCACCGCUUUCAAUGCUGCUGGCUCUGCGUCCAGGAAGGUCCAACUCACAGUUUAUGUCCGACCUAGAUCCAGUUCUGGCGGUGCUGGAGAUUUAACACAGCCAGUGAAGGUCUCAGUGAUUGAAGGCGAGGAUGCUUUGCUGCCCUGUGAUGUUCGCAGUGUCCCUCCUCCUACCAUCAGCUGGGCCAAGGGGAGGCAGCUCAUCUCCCCAUUUUCACCCAGGCAUAGCCAGCUUACUUCUGGUUCCAUGAAGAUCCUGGAGACUAGAGUGUCGGACAGUGGACUUUAUGUUUGUGUUGCUUCCAAUAUUGCUGGUAACCUGACUCUCUCCACUGAGCUGAGUGUGAUGGUACCCCCCAGAAUUCAUCCCGGGCCCAAGGUGAUAAAGGUGCAGGUGGGCCACACAGUCGACCUUCCCUGCGUCGUGAAAGGGGUACCAGAGCCGGCAGUAACAUGGACUAAAGACCUUAAAAAAUAUCAAGCAUCACCGGAUGGCAGCCUGUUGUUGAAGACUGUCACACUGGAGGAUGAAGGAACCUACACGUGCACAGCCUCUAAUAAAGCGGGCGAGGAUGAGGCUCGCAUUAGGGUUGUAAUUCAAGUCCCGCCUGUUGUUGAAGUACUGGAACCCCCCUUCAACAGCCCCUUGCAGGAGAGAGUUGCAAACCAGCGGAUUGCCUUCCCCUGCCCUGCUAAAGGUUUGCCAAAGCCAGUGAUUCGCUGGUUGCAUAAUGGCCAAGAACUGACAGGGAAUGAGCCGGGGGUGUCCAUUUUGGAGGAUGGGACCCUGCUGAUCCUCGCCUCAGUUUCACCUCUGGAUAACGGGGAGUAUGUCUGCACUGCUGCCAAUGAUGCCGGAUCCACUGAGAAAAAGUACCAGCUCAAAGUCAAUGUGCCCCCAGACUUUCAUGAUCGGGACGUGCAAGGAAACCUGUCGGUAAUUGUAAACCAGCCCAUCAGCUUGGUGUGUGACGUUGUAGGAAGUCCAACUCCUGUCAUCACCUGGUACAGAGAUGGGACUCCUGUAGUUUCUGGUAGCAACAUCCAGAUUCUUGACAUGGGAAAGACGCUGAAACUACUGAAGGCCAUAAAGGAAGAUGCAGGGAGCUACAGCUGCAAGGCCAUCAACGUAGCAGGAAGCACCGAAAAAGACUUUUUUCUGGAUGUGAUGGUCCCACCAAAAAUUGUCGGAUCUGACUCUCCUCAAGCAGUUUCUGUGAUUGUCAAAGAAGAAAUAACUCUCGAGUGCAAAGUGCAAGGAUCUCCUUUUCCCAUAAUCCAGUGGUUCAAAAACAGGAAGCUAAUGUUUCUAGGUGAUCCAAAUCUAGAGGUCACCAACAGGGGUCAGGUUUUGCGGAUUAAAAGUGCCCGUCUCGGUGACCAGGCUCUCUACCAAUGCAGUGCCUCUAAUCCAGCUGGAAAACAGUCCAAAGACUUCAACCUUAUUGUCUAUGUUCCCCCCUCCAUUAAAGGAGGCAACAUGACCACAGAGGUCACAGCGUUGCAGGACACCGUGGUGAGGUUGGAGUGUGAGGCACGUGGGGUACCGCUUCCCACCAUCACCUGGUACCGAAAAGGAGCCGCCGUGUUGUCCAGCCGACAGGCUCAGUAUGUGGAACGAGGUCACUUCCUGAAGAUCCCUCGUGUGCAGGCGGCAGAUGCUGGUCAGUACACCUGCAAGGUGACCAGUGUGGCCGGUAGUGCCGAAAAGAACUACGAGCUGGAGGUCUAUGUUCCUCCAACCAUUGUAGGGGGUGAUGAUGGGCCAACGGAGAAAAAAGUGAUUCUAGCCAAGUCCCUGAUCCUGGAGUGUGAGGUGUCGGGUCACCCUCCUCCCUCCAUCACCUGGGUGAAAGAUGGAGUUCCUGUGCGGGAUGGAGAAAGCGUGCGUGUGUUUGAACAGGGGAAAAAAGUAGAAAUUGUAUCAGCGAGCGCCUUAGACUCAGGCCGCUAUGUUUGUGUGGCUACAAGCAUCGCAGGAGACAAGGAGGUGAAAUACGACGUCAAAGUUUUAGUUCCACCUUUCAUUGAUGGAGCCGAUGAUGUAACCGCUCGCACAGUUUUAAUUAACAGCCCCAUGGAGCUGGAGUGUCAAGCCACAGGAACACCUGCACCUGUCAUCACGUGGUUUAAGAACGGGAAACCGCUCAGACAGGGGCAAGGCUUGCGGAUUGCAGCCAACGGGCGACGACUGGUUGUUUCCCGCGCUCAAGUUUCCGACACCGCGCACUUCCAGUGUGUGGCCACAAGUGAGGCUGGAAACCACCAGAGGGACUUCAAUGUAGUAGUUCAAGUGCCUCCAUCUAUCCGUAUGACUGGGCCGGCUGAGCGCUCAGUGAUUCUCAAUCAAACCAUCAGUUUGGAGUGUAUCUCAGCUGGAAUUCCUCCCCCAAGUAUCACAUGGAUUAAAGACGGUCGACCUGUUGAUGCAACAAAAGGACACCUUAAGUUGCAGUCAGCAGGCCGAACAUUCACGAUCACAGAGGCCAGACAGGAGGAUUCUGGGAAAUACACCUGUUUGGCCACCAAUGCAGCCGGUGAAGCACAACAGCAUUUUCGACUGAGUGUCCACGAGCCUCCCAGAAUCCUCUUUUCUGAAGAGACCGUCAACCAGACUGUUCUGUCUGGCUUUCCUAUUGAGCUUGAGUGCAAAGCUACUGGAAGCCCAUUACCUGCUGUCUCCUGGUCCAAAGAUGGCCGGCCUCUGACCAGUGCAGCUGGCGUGUCGGUGGUGAAGCGAGGCCAGGUGCUGCAGAUCGAGCGGGCGCAGCUGUUGGACGCUGGCGUGUACAAAUGUCAGGCUGUCAAUCUGGCUGGAGCUGCAGAGCUUCUUUACAGCCUGCAAGUGUUUGUGCCCCCUACCAUCUCCAGUCGAGGCGGUACAGUAGCAGUUGUGGUUAAUGAGGCUGCUAAGCUGGACUGUGAGGCUUCUGGCGUUCCCUUGCCCAGUCUUAUGUGGCUAAAAGAUGGCAGCCCUGUGACGAGUGUUGCUCAUGGGACACAGGUGUUGUCUGCUGGCAGAGUGUUGUCUCUGAGCAGUGCACAGAUCAGUGACACAGGUACAUACACCUGUGUGGCCAUUAACCCUGGUGGAGAACAACAAAGGGAAUACGAGCUCAAGGUUUACGUCCCCCCUAACAUAAAGGGUGAGGAGGUGAACUCUACAGUGAUGCUCGGUCAAUCGGUGGAGCUGCUCUGCCAAAGCGAUGCAAUCCCCCCGCCUACACUCUCCUGGCUCAAAGAUGGCCGCCCUCUCUUUAGGAAACCUGGUUUGAUUGUUGCUGAUCAUGGAAGUCGACUUAAGAUCAAAAGUGCCCAGGUUCAGGAUUCUGGCCGGUAUACCUGUGAAGCUACUAAUGUUGCUGGAAAAACGGAAAAGAACUACAACCUCAAUGUCUGGGUUUCCCCCAGUAUCCGUGGCUCUGAGGUGGUUUCUCAUCUGACAGUGAUUGAGGGAAGUCCUAUCACCUUGGUGUGCGAGUUGAGCGGCAUACCGCCUCCCAGCCUCACAUGGAAGAAGGAUGGUUCUGAGCUCAAGUCAGACCAACGACGACUCAGGAUUUUGUCUGGAGGCCGUCAGCUUCAGAUUUCCAGCACUCAGAAAGCAGACGCAGCCUCUUACACCUGUUUAGCCUCAAGUGCAGCGGGCACCACCUCUAAAGAGUAUAUCCUGCAAGUGUACGUCCGCCCCUCCAUCAGACGUGAUGAAGGAGAAAGCGAUGACUUUACGGUCAUAAAGGGAGGAAAUAUUACCCUACAUUGUGCUGCAGAGGGGGUGCCACAACCUGCAGUUUCAUGGCUGAAGGACGGACGGCCCAUCACAGGACAGCAUAGUGCAAAGGUCCUGAAUGAUGGGAGGCUGUUGCAGAUUAGAGAUGCAGAGGUUACAGACACCGGACGUUACACCUGCGUCUCUGUUAAUGUAGCAGGACAGGCCGACAGCAAGUACGACGUCAAUGUACAUGUCCCUCCAAGCAUACUUGGUCAGGUGCAGUCACCAGAAAACAUCAGUGUUGUUGUGAAGAACCCAGUGGCUCUGAGCUGCGAGGCUUCAGGCAUUCCCCUUCCGACCAUAUCCUGGCUGAAAGACGGUCGGCCUAUAAAAACAUCGAAUUCGGUGCGCAUCCUCUCAGGAGGACGUAGUGUUCGUUUAAUGCACGUUGCAGUGGAGGAUGCUGGGAGAUACACUUGUAUUGUUUCCAACAGUGCUGGAGAGGAAAGGAAAAACUUUGACCUUGAUAUACUUGUUCCCCCGAAGAUCGUGGCUGAGGGAACUGUUGUGGAUGCUAAAGUAAAAGAGAAGCGCAACAUCACUCUCACCUGUGAAGCAUCAGGUAACCCUGUACCAGAGAUUAAAUGGCUGAAAGAUGGACUGUUGUUGGUGCCUGACAGGCACCACCAGAUUUUGUCUCAUGGCCGUUUUCUUCAGAUCUCAGAGGCCCACGUUGCAGACACUGGCCGCUACAGCUGCCUGGCAAGCAACAGUGCAGGAGACCGCAGCCGCCAUUACAACCUCAAUGUUCUGGUUUCACCCACGAUUGCCGGAAACGGCCCUGACGUUUCUGCAGAGGAGGUCACCGUGACUCUGAGCAGUCCCACCUCGCUGGUGUGCGAAGUCCAGUCGUACCCUCCGGCUUUGAUCACGUGGCUAAAGGAUGGGGUUCAGUUUGAAUCCACGCGCAACGUUCGAGUCCUUCCAGGUGGUCGAACGCUGCAGAUUCUUAAUGCUAAGGUGGAGGAUGCUGGGAGGUACACCUGUGUGGCUACGAAUGAAGCAGGAGAGACACUAAAACACUAUGAGGUCAAAGUUUAUGUUCCUCCACAGAUCGAUAGGAACGACAUUUCUGGACCUGGACUUUCCUCUAAAGAAGUUAAGAUCACAAUCAACAGCACACUGACCCUGGAGUGUGUAGCUCAAGCCUUUCCCACCCCAACACUGCAGUGGUAUAAAGAUGGACAGAUCCUGCAAGCAGAUGACCACGUGUCUGUAACAGCAAACGGUCGUAUCGUUCAGAUCAAACACGCUCAGGUGUCAGACACGGGCCGGUACACCUGUGUGGCUACUAAUGUCGCAGGAGAGGAUGAGAAGGACUUUGAUGUAAAUAUACAAGUCCCACCUAACUUCAAUAAGCCUGGAGGAGCUGGUGGUUCCGUGUCGCUUCCAAGCUUUGGAGGAGAUGCUCGAGAUGUGAUACUCAACAACCCCUUCUCUCUGUACUGUGAGACAAAUGCAGUGCCCCCUCCAACGCUCACCUGGUACAAAGAUGGACAACAGUUGACAUCUAAUGACAACAUUUUGAUCCUGCCGGGUGGGCGAGUGUUACAGAUUCCCAGGGCGCAGCUUGAGGACUCCGGCAGAUACACAUGUGUGGCCAUCAAUGAAGCAGGGCAAGACUCCAUUCAGUAUGACAUUAGAGUGCUGUUACCUCCAGCCAUACGGGGAAAACACACCGAUGUGCCUGAUGAGGUAACAGUCCUCGUAAACCAGACAACCCAGUUGGACUGCCAUGUGGAUGGAAAUCCAAUCCCCCAAGUCACCUGGUAUAAAGACAGCCAGCUCAUUAGCUCUGAAGGUCCAUACAAAGUUUUGUCCAAUGGGCGAACUCUCCAGGUGGUUUCUGCACUGGUAUCAGACACAGGGCGGUAUGUGUGCGUUGCUGAAAACGUGGCUGGAAGUGCUGAAAAACUAUUUAAUCUGAACGUUCAUGUGCCUCCAUCCAUUUUUGGUGUGAGCAUGGAAAAUGUGACCGUGGUGGUGAACAACUUUGUCUCCCUUUCUUGUGAAGUAACUGGCUUUCCUCCUCCAACACUGAGCUGGCUAAAUGACCGGGGGCCCAUUCAGGCCAGCUCAAACACGCUCAUCAUGCCAGGUGGUCGCACUUUGCAACUCCUCAAACCAAAAGUGUCUGAUGGGGGGAAGUACACCUGUGUGGCUAUGAAUGCAGCAGGAGAGGCUUACAAGCACAUUCAUCUCACUGUUUUUGUUCCCCCCAGUAUUCGGGGCAACAGCGGAGAUGCUCCUGUAGUGGUCAAUGUCCUUGUUGGUAAAUCAGCAACUCUGGAGUGUGAGUCCAACGCUGUGCCUCCACCCAACAUCCUCUGGUACAAGAACGGCAGAGUGCUGACAGAAUCAGCCAAUCUGCAGACUCUGGCAGACGGACAAAUCCUUAAGAUCAAAAGCUCAGAGGUUUCUGAUACAGGACAGUAUGUUUGCAUUGCCACAAACGUUGCUGGACAAGUUGACAAAAACUUCCACUUAAACAUCCACGUUCCACCCAGAAUUGAUGGACCGGCACGCGAAAGUUUGGUGGAAAUCAUCAGUAACUCAGUUUCUUUUGCCUGCGAUGCCUCUGGAAUUCCUCCCCCCAGUCUCAGCUGGCUGAAGAAUGGACACCCCAUUGAGAACUCAGAGUCUCUAGAGAUGCACAUCUCAUCAGGGGGCAGCAAACUGCAGAUUGCACGGUUGCAGCUCUCCGAUGGGGGAACAUACACAUGCGUGGCCUCAAACGUUGAGGGCAAAGCGCGCAAGAACUACCACCUCACCAUACAAGUUCCACCUAGUAUCUCUGGAUCCGACAUGCCCAGUGAGAUGGGGGUGUUGUUGAAUGAAAGCAUCCAGAUGGUCUGUCAGGCUCAGGGAGCUCCAGUUCCAACAAUUCAGUGGCUGAAGGAUGGAAAAGCUGUCAACCAUACUGGACGCAGAGAACUCAGUGUUAGUCCAGAUGGCAGCAGACUCACUGUGGUCAAAGCUCACCCCGAUGACAGUGGAAAGUACACCUGUGUGGCCACCAAUGCUGCUGGAGAAGAAGACAGGAUCUUUAAUCUUAAUGUGUAUGUUCCUCCAGUGAUAGUUGGUAACAAUGGAUCUCCCGAGCAUCAAACUGCAGUUCUGGACACUUCUGUCAGUAUACAGUGUGUUGCUGCUGGGACUCCUCUUCCUCAGCUCCACUGGCUGAAAAACGGCUUGCCUCUGCCAGUCUCCUCCCACGUUCGACUUCUUUCUGCAGGACAGGUGCUCCGGAUAACACGAAUCCAGGUGUCAGAUGGUGGAAAAUAUACAUGUGUUGCUUCAAACAGAGCAGGAGUAGACAAUAAGCAUUAUAACCUCCAGGUGUAUGUUCCUCCUGGUUUGGAUGGAGCAGGAAGCACAGAGGAUGUGACAGUAAUCAAAGGCAGCACGGCGUCUCUGCUGUGUGUUGCUGAUGGGACACCAGUUCCCACCAUUUCUUGGCUUCGGGAUGACGUUCCUGUACUCCCUGAACACAACAUGGUGCUUCUUAACCUCAACACCACAUUACAGAUCAGCCUCGCUCAGGUUAACGACAGCGGACAUUACACUUGUAAGGUCUACAAUAGUGCAGGAGAAGCCAGCCGUCACUUCAACCUGAAGGUGUUGGAGCCUCCACACAUCACGGGUUCCGGUGUAUCAGCAGAAGUAUCUGUGCUGGUUAAUAAUGUCCUGGAGCUGCAGUGUGAGGCUUCAGGGAUCCCAACGCCCUCCCUGACCUGGUUAAAGGACGGACGCCCGCUCCCACAGACAGACAGUCUGCGCCUCCUCCGUGGAGGGGAGAUCCUUCGUAUGGCUUCCGCACAGCUGGAGGACACGGGAAGAUACAGCUGCUUAGCCAACAGCCCAGCAGGAGAUGAUGAUAAGGAGUUUCUUGUUCAAGUACAUGUUCCGCCUAACAUUGUGGGUGAAAGCUCGCCUCAGGACGUGUCUGUACUGCAGAACAGACAGGCAACUCUGGAGUGCAAAUCUGACGCCGUUCCACCUCCAACUCUGACCUGGCUCAAAGACGGCAAACAGCUGCAAGCCUCUGCACGUGUACGCAUUCUUUCAGGUGGACGCUACUUACAGAUCAACUUAGCAGAGCUCAGUGACACGGCUCAGUACACCUGUGUGGCGAGCAACGUGGCCGGGAAGACUACACGAGAGUUUAACCUGAAUGUCAAUGUGGCCCCAACUAUCAAGGAUGGCCCACAGACGGUAACAGUGCAUGUUGACAAACCGGCGGUGCUUGAAUGUGUGGUAAACGGAGUGCCCCCACCUCGAGUCACCUGGAGGAAAAAUGGAGCAAUAUUAGGUGGAAACAACCCCAGGUACACAUUUGAGGAGGGUGGGUCUCUACGUAUCCACUCAGCUCAGGUUAGCGAUACUGGGCGCUACCUCUGCCUAGUGACAAAUCCAGCCGGGACUCAACGCCGGAGAGUUGAUAUGCAAGUGUAUUUGCCUCCAUCAAUCGCCAACAGUCAAACUAACGUGACCGUCAUUGUCAACGUGCAAACGACCUUACCUUGCGAGGCCAGCGGCAUUCCCAAACCCACCGUCAGCUGGCAGAAAAAAGGACAAACCAUCAGUACUGACCAGAACCAGCACAUGUACAGGUUACUGUCAUCAGGCUCCCUGGUCAUUUUGGCACCGACAGUGGAGGACACAGCUGUGUACACAUGUGUGGUUUCCAAUGAAGCAGGGAACAAUUCCAAAUCAAUCAAUCUGACUGUCAUUGUUCCUCCAUCUAUAGCAGAUGAACCCACAGAGUUAGUUGUAAUCAGACAGUCCCCGGUGGUCAUUGGUUGUACUGCAUAUGGUGUACCUAAACCUUCCAUCCACUGGAGCAAAGAUGGAAUGAAACUACCCAAUAAAGGACGAGGAUACAGCAUACUACCAACAGGUGCAGUGGAGAUCACCUCAGUUGAGCUUAGUCAUGCUGGACGCUACUCAUGCACGGCCAAGAAUAUUGCAGGUUCCACACAGCGCCACGUGCCACUUACGGUCCAUGAACUCCCAGUGAUCCAGUCCCAUCCGUCCACUCUGGAUGUGAUCUUCAACACCCCCAUCACUCUGCCCUGCAGAGCCACAGGCUCACCCAGACCCACUAUCACCUGGCAGAAGGAGGGCAUCAACAUACCAACCACAGCUGGAGGUUUCACAGUACUCCCCGAUGGAAGUCUGCAGAUCACCAGAACGUCUUUGUCCGACUCUGGGACGUACAUUUGUGUGGCUCAGAACCCUGCAGGCACAGCCAUGGGCAAGACAAAACUAAGAGUGCAAGUACCUCCAGUCAUCCGAUCAGAGACUCAGGAGUAUGUGGCCCCUGUGGAUUCUGCAGUGAUGCUGCACUGCCACGCUGAUGGCACCCCUCCUCCCAGCAUCACGUGGCACAAAGAAGGGCAGCUGCUGAGUGACUCUGUGCGGCAGCGGCUGCUCAGCUCAGGAUCCCUGCAGAUCACCCUCAUUCAGCCCACGGAUUCUGGACGGUACACCUGCACUGCUGCCAAUGCAGCCGGCACUGCUAGCCUGGACAUGAGCCUCACUGUGCAGAUUCCCCCGUCCAUUCGUGGUGGAGAGCAGGAGGUUGUAGUCGUGGAAAACUCUCAUGCUCAGCUGACGUGUGUGACGGAAGGCAUCCCGCAACCCAGCCUGUCCUGGGAAAAAGACGGAAAUCUACUGAGUGAAAGAGGCGGAGAGUACACCAUCCUGCCAUCAGGAGAACUGAUCAUAGACAGCGCUCAGCCUGGUGAUGCCGGUAGUUAUACCUGCUUAGUUGCUAAUGCAGUUGGGCAGGAUAGUUGGACGGUAACGCUCUCAGUUCACACUCAUCCAGUCUUUGUGGAGCUACUUGGAGAUAAGGCCCUCAAUAAAGGUGAACGGCUCAUGCUGACCUGUGGUGCCAGUGGUAUCCCGCAGCCCAGAAUCACAUGGACCUUCAACAACAACAUCAUCCCAGCUCACUACGACCAAACGAACGGUCGCAGUGAACUGGUGGUGGAGAGGGUGAGCAAAGGUGACACGGGCACCUACACCUGUGUAGCAGAGAACAGUGUAGGAGUCAUAAAAUCACUGGGAUUUGUCCAUGUCAAAGAGCCUCCGAUCAUCGAUGGGGACCUUCACUCCAAUCGAGUCGAGCCUCUGGGCGGUAAUACCAUCCUGAACUGUGAGGUACGAGGAGAUCCACCUCCAACCAUCCAGUGGAGCAAAAACGGAGUAAACAUUCAGAUCAGUAAUAGAAUCCGUCAGAUGUUCAACGGCUCCCUGGCCAUUUACGGCACAGUGAGUGAAGAUGCAGGCGUCUACAUGUGCGUGGCAACAAAUGAUGCUGGAGUUGUGGAAAGAAGCAUCACUCUCACCCUCCAGAGUGCCCCCACCAUUACCGUAGAGCCUGUGGGGACGGUUGUGGAUGCAGGGACCACAGUGGUUCUGAGCUGCCAGGCAGAGGGAGAACCCACACCCAUGAUAGAGUGGUCUCGUCAGGGGCGCCCCCUACUGGCAGACAACCGCUUAUCCACAUUGUUCGACGGUUCUCUGAGGAUCAGCAGUGCCCAAAAGGAGGACACGGCUGAGUAUGAGUGUGUGGCCCGGAACUUGCUUGGGUCAGUUCUGGUCCGGGUCACUCUCACAGUAAGAGUACAUGGAGGCUAUUCUGAGUGGUCAGAGUGGUGCUCUUGUACUGUAUCCUGUGGCGCCGGCAUCCAAAAGAGGCUAAGGCAGUGCAACAACCCUCUACCUGCCAACGGGGGGCGUCACUGUGCAGGAUCAGACACAGAAAUACGCAGCUGUCAAGGAAAUCCAUGUCCAGUGGAUGGAAACUGGUCUGAGUGGUCCGCCUGGGAAGAGUGCUCACAGACCUGUGGUCAGGGCAACAGAACUCGUGUCCGAACCUGCAGCAACCCCCCACCUCAACAUAGAGGGAAGCCAUGUGAGGGCAACGCAGUGGAAGCCAUUAUGUGCAGCCUCAGGCCAUGUCCUGUGGCUGGUAACUGGGGGUCUUGGCUGGCAUGGGGCCCAUGCAGCGAGACCUGUGGUAAGGGCAUGCAGUCCAGGAUUCGCCUGUGCAACAGCCCCCCUCCACAAUUUGAUGGGCCACAAUGUGAAGGCUUGGACACCCAAUCCAAAAUGUGUUUAGAGAGACUCUGUCCUGUGGAUGGAAAGUGGUCAUCCUGGAUGAGUUGGGGACAUUGCAGUGUUUCAUGUGGAGGCGGGACCAGGCAGCGGACACGCCUCUGUGCCAGCCCCGCCCCUCAGCAUGGAGGAAGGUCGUGUGAGGGAAAUGGCGUGCACAUAGAUUUCUGCAACACAGAUCCUUGUCCCAUCAAUGGUAACUGGGCUGCAUGGAGCAGCUGGGGCAGCUGCAGCAAGACAUGCAACGGGGGUCAAAUGAGGCGCUACAGGACCUGCGACACCCCCAGACCUGCUUUUGGAGGAAGAGCUUGUGCCGGUGCAGAUUCACAAACGCAGAGAUGCAGCAUCGUCAGCUGCCCUGUGGAUGGUAACUGGGGUACGUGGCAGCCUUGGGGAGAGUGCUCUGCUUCCUGUGGCGGCGGGGAAAGGACCCGCCUCAGACUCUGUAAUAAUCCGUCCCCCUCCUAUGGUGGCCGGCAGUGUCCAGGAGAUUCCACUCUGCUUUCCAGAUGUAACACCCAGGCUUGCCCAGGGGGGCCACAAAAAGCUCGCGGAAGCAUCAGAGGUAAUAUUAAUCACUUGGAGUUUGGCAUAGCCAUCCUCAAUGCCACCAUCAGUGACAGCAGUUCUGGCAGUAGAGUCAUUAAAGCUUCUAUCUCUAAUGUGCCAAGAGCAUUAGGUCCUGCGAUGAGGACGCUGGUCUCCCUGCUGAACCCCGUCUACUGGACCACAGCACAGGAAGCAGGAGAGGCCGUCAACGGAUACACCUUAACAGAAGGAGUCUUUAAGAGAGAGACACAAGUGGAAUUUGCAACAGGUGAAAUUUUGAGGAUGACCCAUAUUGUCAGAGGCUUGGACUCAGACGGAGUUUUGCUAAUAGACGUUGUGGUGAAUGGUGACAUCCUGCAGUUGCCUUCUCAGGCUGACAUCCACAUCAAGGACUACACUGAAGAUUACAUCCAGACAGGACCAGGCCAGCUCUACGCUCUCUCCACCAGAAUAUUCAGCAUCAACAAUGAAAGUCUGCCCUAUUCCUGGAACCACACCAUCUCCUAUGAUCCAUCCAAAGGAAAGAUGCCCUACUUGGUAGAAAUGCUCCACGCCACAUCCAUCAGUGCUCUCUACUACCCCCUAGAGGAGGUGUUGGAGUAUAGCAUUCAAGCUAAGAUCACCAAGGGUGAUCGCAGUAACCAGUGUCCUAAUGGCUUCAUCUUGGUCUCCUCUGGGCUUUACUGUGCUGAUGAGAAUGAAUGUGAUGUUGGAAACCCUUGUUCUCAUACAUGCCACAAUGUGAUGGGCACGUACUACUGCUCCUGCCCCCAUGGUCUCUCCAUCUCCGCCGAUGGCAGGACCUGUCAAGACAUUGACGAGUGUUCUCUGAGCGGACAUGUGUGCCACGACGGACAAGACUGCGAAAACACCGUUGGUUCUUAUAGGUGCCUCAUGCGCUGUGGGCGUGGCUUCAGAAGAACUACUGAUGGUCUUAACUGCAUGGAUGUGAACGAGUGUCAGGAGUCUAACCCCUGUAACCAGCGCUGCUUCAACACUAUCGGCAGCUACCGCUGUGCCUGUGAGCCAGGCUUCCAGCUGAGAAACAGGCGGUGCAUAGAUAUAAACGAGUGCAGGCAAAGGGUGUGUCGUUCAGAUCAGCUGUGUAAAAACACCCGGGGGGGUUACACAUGCAUUGACCUGUGUCCCAGUGGGAUGACCAAAGGUGCAAAUGGAACAUGUGCAGACAUUGAUGAGUGCAGAGAGGGGACUCAUCAGUGCAGAUACAACCAGAUCUGUGAGAACACCAGAGGCAGCUACCACUGCACCUGUCCUCGUGGCUACAGGUCCCAGGGGAUGGGACUGCCCUGCAUCGACAUAAAUGAGUGUGAGCGCCUGCCGCAGCCUUGUGCCCACCAGUGCAUCAACACUCCAGGCAGCUACACCUGCACCUGCCCACCAGGACGCCACCUGCUGGGGGAUGGCAAGUCCUGCGCGGGGCUGGAGCGUCUGCCCGGCUACCAGAGUUAUUCGUACAUCCACCGCACAUCUCAGUCCUCUCCUGAAGGCAGCUCCAGCCCCCGUCUCUACCACAACGUCGCCUCGCAGAGCUUCCACUCCUAUACCGCCAACUCAGACAGGGGCUUCAGGAGGCGGAGCCAAAGGGAGGCUCCCAAGCUGCAGGUCACCCCCGUUUGUCAGAGAGGGUUUAAGUCCAGGGGUGGCCUCUGCUUAGACAUCAAUGAAUGUGAAAUGAGGGACACCUGCCAGCACGAGUGCAUGAACACACCAGGAAGCCACAGGUGUCUAUGUCCUGCAGGUUACCGUCUGAUGACGAACGGCAAGACGUGUCAAGAUGUAGAUGAGUGUCUGGAGCAGAACAUCCAGUGUGGAAUGAAUCGGAUGUGCUUCAACAUGAGAGGAAGCUACGAGUGCAUUGAUACUCCGUGUCCACCGAAUUACCAAAGGGAUCCAGCAACAGGAUUCUGCUUGAAAAACUGCCCUCCUAAUGACCUGGAGUGCCCGCUGAGCCACUACGCUCUGGAGUACAAGCUGCUGUCGCUUCCUUUUGGCAUCGCCGCCAACCAGGAUCUGAUCCGGCUGGUGGCGUACACUCAGGACGGAGUGAUGCACACCCGAACUACCUUCCUGGUGGUGGACGAAGACCUCACGUUACCCUUCGCGCUGCGAGAUGAGAAUCACAAAGGCGUGCUGUUCACCACACGCCCCCUGCGGGAACCCCACACCUACCGCAUGAAGGUCCGAGCCCUUUCCUUCAGUGAAGACGGAGGCAUCGAGUACCGGACGACGUUCAUCGUCUACAUCGCCGUGUCUGCCUACCCUUACUGAGAGCACUUUAAACCACAGGAGAUGGUGGCAAACUGUAGUUUUGGACGAGUAACCACACUUGGAUGUAGUAGAAAAAGAAGAAAACGUGUCUCCACUAAUACAAUUUCUUUUAUUAUUUUCAAUUUAUUUAUAAUUUUAAUUUGCCUAAAUUUCAUUAAGAUUGGCCACAAUUACAUGCUACAUUCUCAGGUUUGAUUCAUAAGACGUGCCUUAACGAAAAACCCCAGCAGCUUAUUUGUUUUUUUUAAUGGAUCUCAUGUUCUUCACAAUAGCUAAUAAAAAGAUGUAUUUUAUUUUUAUGGCUGUAAAUAUGUGUUUUCUCACAAUACUGUUUCAUUAGUUUUCAACCAUUUUGUAAUAAAAAUGUAAUAACAGAAAACUGUUUGGCUCAAUUUGUCACCAAGUGUUUGUGUAAAAGUGAAUGACAAAUCUGUUAGACACAAAGUUCCAGCAUUCUUACCAUUUAUUUAUUUUUUUUCCAAAAAGCACAAACAUAAAAAAAGAAAUUGUUGAGUAAGGCAGUUUGUACAUCAGUCUGGUUUGCUCCCGCAUCUUUUUAACCUUCAGCUAGAACUCCUUGCAGCAGAGAGGCCGCCGCAUCUUUCCGUCUUCACACGCUAAACUUUCAAUACUGCAUUAGAAAAAGAUAUCUAUGGUCUGGAAGCAUCAUCACUGACGUCUGAACCUGUGAGUAAAAACACUGUUGAAGCGACAAUCGCUGUUGUAUUCCAUAAGAAACUUUUUCAUCCAGAAAAAAAAAAAAAAAAAAAAA